CUCCAAAUCUUCAUUUCCACAUAUCUCAUUUCUUGCAUUUUCAUUCACUAAAUUCUUACACUACAUUUCUCCAAAUUAACCACAAAUUCCUCUCUUCUAAUUAUCAUCAUUAAUUAGUCUAAUUAAACUCAAGAAAACUAAAGAUGAAGUUGAGCAGUCCAAGUAUGGGAGGAAGCAAGAGGAAGUUUGUUAAUCGUGGAUUAAGUGGCAUGGUUAGAGAACAAAGAGCAAGGCUUUAUAUCAUUAGAAGAUGUGUUGUUAUGCUCCUUUGUUGGCAUGAAUGAACUUCAUUUCUUCUUCUUUUUAUUUAUUUUUUCUUUUUCUUAGAGAAUGGGAAGAUUAACAAAGAUAAAAAAAAAGUCUUCCUUUUUUCUGUUUUUUGGGCAGAUUUUAUUUUAUUGAUUAAUUCAUAUUGUAAAUAGCUAGUAGGGUAUUAGAUUAAUUAAUUAAGGUUAGAGUAAUUGAGAGAGUUUUGACACAAUUUUGCCAUCAUGUACAUGGGCAUAGCUUGAAUGAAAAAUCACCAUCACUUGUUAUAUAACCAAUCUCAUGAUUUUUGGCAAUAUUGUUCAAUUGUUGAUAAUUUUCUAUUUAUUUUCGUGCUAUAAUUCCAAUAUUGGUUGAGCUAUCAAAGUUAAAUCAA